AGGGGGCUGGGCUCUGUGUAGGGUGAGGGGACAGGGUGAGGGGGCUGGGCUCUGGGUUCUGAACCCCACCUGGUGCCUCCUUUCCACAGCUACGGGUUCCUAAGUUACAGAAGCCAGCUACCAGCGGAUGUGGGAGCCGAGCCUUGGAUGCUGUACCCACAGCCGAAGGCGCUGACUGCCAUGAGGAGUGAUGUCCUUGUCCUCACCCCCUGGCUGGCGCCCGUCAUCUGGGAAGGGACCUUCAACAUCGAGCUCCUCAAUGCACAGUUCCAGCAGCAGAACCUGACUGUGGGGCUGACCAUGUUUGCCGUCAAGAAAUACGUGGUCUUCCUGAAGCUGUUCCUGGAGACGGCAGAGCAGCACUUCAUGGCGGGCCACCGUGUCAUCUACUACGUCCUCACCGAUCGGCCGGCCGACGUGCCUGAUGUGCCGCUCGGGGAGGGCCGGCGCCUGGUGGUGCUGGAGGUGCCGAGCCACGCACGCUGGCAGGACGUGUCCAUGCACCGCAUGGAGGCCAUCGCCCGCUUCUCGGAGCAGCGCUUCCGCCACGAGGUGGACUACCUGGUGUGCGUCGACGUGGACAUGAAGUUCCGGGACCACGUGGGCGUGGAGAUCCUGACCCCACUCUUCGGCACCCUGCACCCCGGCUUCUACAAUACAAACCGUGAGGCCUUCAGCUACGAGCGGCGGCCGCAGUCCCAGGCCUACAUCCCCCGUGAUGAGGGUGACUUUUAUUAUCUAGGGGGUUUCUUUGGGGGCUCGGUGGCCGAGGUGCAGCAGCUGGCCAGCGCCUGCCACCAGGCCAUGCUGCUGGACAAGGCCAACGGCAUCGAGGCCGUGUGGCAUGACGAGAGCCACCUGAACAAGUACCUGCUCUACCACAAGCCCACCAAGGUGCUGUCGCCCGAGUACCUGUGGGACGAGCGGCUGCUGGGCUGGCCGCCGGUCAUGAAGAAGCUGAGGUUUGUGGCUGUGCCCAAGAAUCACCAGGCCAUCCGGAACCCGUGACACCUGCCCACUGCCCUGGCUGCCCUGUGUGGUUGAGGGUCCCGGGAAGAAGCUGCAGGGAGAGGCUGACACUCAGGUGCCAGCUCCAGCUCAGGCAGGCAGGAUCGCUCUCACACGGCCUAGUGCCUGCCAUGCCCUUGGCCAGCAGCGGCUUAGGAGCCUUUUCCACUCCUCUGACUCCUGGUGGAAGCGUUUGGGGAUGGGGCUGGUGGUGUGGCGGUUCAGAGCGUUCUGGGCUGAAAGUCUUACGGGGUGUGUGCUGUGAGCCUACUGACAGGAUGAGGUUUUGCCCACGACUCUUCCCUGCUAACCAGAAAGCAGCUGUAAGAGCCAUAGUCUGGGGGAGGGUCCAAGGAGAGCCAGCAGCCCAGACCUCCAUAGGCCGACCUGGGGUAUCCGUGGUUCUCUGAGCAGCGUCCUCCCUCUAGGCCCUCUGGGCCCUCAGAGAACAGAGCCGAGUCUAGCUCCCUCUGGUACGUAUCCCACGGAUCCAGUGGAUACGGCCCGGAUCUCCUCUGCCCCAUCCGUGACCCCUUGGGUUAUAGACUGAAGCUUGCAAUGUCUCGGACCUCAGGAGGAGUUAGGGGAGGCCUCACAACUCAUUCUCAUGGCAAGUCCUGGCCCCCAGGCCCACCCCAGCCCACGGUCACCCUCAGGGCCCUCCUUGCAGCUGCCCCAGGAGUCAGCUGCGGAGCAGGUGUCUGAGGACUCAGGAGCCGAUGGCGGCUGGGUGACAUGCCAGACCCGUUUCCCCACUUGGCUCUCUAACAGGUCCUGCUAGCCACAAAUAACCAGCACGGGGCAGAGCCCUCAUCUCAGCCUCCAGGGUGAAUUCUAGAAACUUAAUGGAUUCCCGUUUAAACCUAUGAACGGAAACCGUUGGAAUACUGGGCCUCAGCACUGCCUGUGCCUCAGACGCCUCCGUGGCCCCUGCACCCAUCCCUCCUUAUUCCACGGUUUCAGCUUGAGCAAUUUAUGA